CGCAGAGGGAGCAGUAUGUCCACGGAAAUCCCUGAGGCAGCCUCCGCGGAGGAGUAGAAGGAAACGGAAGACAAAGUGACUAGUCCAGAGAAAGCUGAAGAAGCAAAAUUAAAAGCAAGGUAUCCUCAUCUGGGACAAAAGCCUGGAGGUUCAAAAUUUUUAAGGAAACGAUUGCAGAAAGGGCAAAAAUAUUUUGAUUCUGGGGAUUACAACAUGGCUAAAGCAAAAAUGAAGAACAAGCAACUUCCUACUGCAGCUCCGGAUAAGACAGAGGUCACUGGUGACCACAUUCCCACUCCACAGGACCUUCCUCAACGGAAACCAUCUCUUGUUGCUAGCAAGCUGGCUGGCUGAUUAAAAGAGCUGAACUGCAUGAAUCUUCUAAUUCCCAUUAUUUCUCCUUAAUAUGUUACUUCUCCACUUUUUAUUUCCUUUCACUCACUAAGUCAUUUGAGAGUUAUGGCUUUGCAGGUAGUGGUAGUGUGUGUGUAAGGGAAUGUACAUGUGUAGAGCUUUGAUUAGUUUAACAGUGCACUAAUGAAAAGAACAUGUUAGAGCAAUGUAAAGUAAUCUACUUGAAAAUAAUUGUAUAUAUUACC